AUGGCAGAGCACCCUUCGCGCAAGCGAGAGCGUAGCUCGUCGUCGCCCUCUCUUCCUACCUCCCGCAAUGAACGCCCGACACCCCGCUCGCCUCCUCCCAUUCGACCCCUCCCGUCCCAACAUGUUUCGCCAGAAGCCCUCGCGUUCCUCGAACACUACCGAGACUGCAGCACGAGCAUCAUAGCGACAUACCAGAAGUCGCUCUACGAGCAGUAUUGGAUGAGGGAGAACGGCGCCAUCACGGACGGUGUCCUGCAUCUAGCCUACGCGCCAGACUCGCCCCCGAAGAAGGCUGCGCCUAAACAUCCGGACAUCGUGCGGGCAGAGUAUGAGAGAAUAAGUGCGACUAUUGACUGGAUGGUUGGGGAACGCGGUUCCUAUGGCGCGGCAUUGGUGGUUUACGGGCAACCAGGGUGCGGAAAGUCUCGAUUUUUACGAAUCGAACGAGCGCGAUUGUUCGAGGAUGGGCGGCCGUGCAUCGUGACGACCACCGAACGGUCCACCUUCGACUUGUACUGCGACGCCGGCGCAUUCUUCGAUAUCCCCUUGAAGGAGCUGGAGGCCCUUGACCUCCUGAUUCCUACAAUCGCGCUGGUCGACGCGGCCGAGGGAGUCGGAGUUACCGACUUGCAGCACGCCUUUGUCCACGACUUCAUCCCCAACGUCGUCGUUGUGUUCGCCACUUCGCCGCGGGUCCGUCGGUGGCAGAAGCUUUCGAGCCGUCUAGUACCAACAUUGUACUGGACGAUUGAAGGGUGGCCAGACAACGAGAUUGACGCACUGCAGAAACUCGUCGUUCUUCAACCACGCUCAGUCUGGACCAACUCGCCCCGAGUUUCCCUUCGACAAGCAGACCGGCGAACCGCUUCCUCCGCCGUCCACCUUCCUCCCCAAAUCAAGGAUCACCACUACCACCUGCCGGCCGGUAUUCCUUCCGCCAACCCGCUCUACUCCCUUCCCGAAGCCGUUUAUCUCCUUGGACGUACUGUCCGGAACCCCCUUGGCGCGGUCGCGCGGUCUCCGCGUCCCAAAUCCUGCCCGCCCGAAUGGCGCCUUGAAGACCUCUUCACCGGUCUCCCGCACUUCAACAGUGUCUUCUCAAGCCUCGCCCAAGUCAACCUCCUCUCGGGCUUGCCUGAUGCACCCGAAGCGGACGUGCAGGCUGCCGAGGACCUCGCCAAGCUCACGGAUGAGAUGAGGAUCAAGGAGGACGACCAGCAGAACGGCUUUCAUCAGGUCUUUGCCGAGGUUCCUACGCCUGACGUCGCGCGCCCGUCCCUUCAAUACCCGCGGUCGAUCAUCGUACCGGCUUCGGCGCCUCUUGAGCGCCUGGCGCGUGCGAAACUCCAGGAGUUCACGCUCGACGAUCUCGCACGACAUGCACGAUCCUUCAUUCACCACCCGGUUGUGUACGGGAUCACUCAUGAAGUGUACGCCGCCCGGAUUAUGGAGCUCUGCGGCGCUCUGGCCGUUCUCGCCGACGGAUCGACCUUCUCGAUUCCUCGAUUGUCGCGCGUCAGCAUCGUUCUCCCCCUCGUCAAGACGACCGCCAACAUCGACGAAGACGAUGCAAAAGUCGCCGAGGCUGUCGCCAAGUUCGACUACGAUGGCCUCUCUCACCAGAAACCGGCCUUUCCCCUCGACGAAUCCUUCGCCUCGACUGGCUCGACUCUCCCGCGCCUCGCCUCGGGCCUCUACAUCCCUCAAGCCGGGUUUCCCACACUCGAGGGCGUCGCCAUAUAUUACGACGAGGACGAGCAGCUCAUCGUCUCAGCCCUCCAGAUGACCGUCAGUGGCCGCCACGACCUGAAGCUGAGCGGCAUCCAGUCACUGUACAUUGCUCUCGGUCCAUACGCCAAACUCGCCAAGUUCCGCUUCGCAUUCGUCGUUCCCGCCGUCGACAAGGGCCUGGCGCUCAUCAAGCCCGCUCGCGCGGCACUCCCGCCGCCCGCGUCGCUCGAACGCUCGAGGCGCAGCACUCGCAGCGACGCUCCAAGCCCAUUCACCUGGUCUCGCGCUUUCAUCGUGAUCGACCCGAAGAAACCGGUCCACCAUGUCGAAGCGGCCGAUAACUAG